CAUAUGAUUUUGAUCUUCAUCUUUUCAAACCACUUCAAUAGCCGGUUUGAAUAAAAUGGAUUUUGUCUUGUUAAUUAUGCGGGCAUCUCUGACCUUUCACCACUUUCUAAACUUCUACGUUUGAAUAAAGUUUGGAUCCCCGCGCCCACGAAGCAGGUAUGAGGUUGCAAGUGCCUUUUCUUUGUCCUCCCUGUGAGUUACCUGAGCUUGGCUGGGUUUUCUGCUGCAACUGCUGGAUUGCUAAGCUUAGUGCUCUCCCUUCCCGGGCAGAGACAAAGGUGGUUUGAUUGUCUUAGAUCAACUGCAUGCAGACUGGUAGAAACCAAACAUCUCAAAGAGCCUGUAAGAAGAAUUAUUUUCCUGCCCAGACAUACUAAUGAAGCGAUGGCAGGCAAAUGUAUUAAUAAAGCAUCUUCCAUCUUAAAUGGAUUUCUAAGUAUUUUCCUGUAGAGUUAAUCAUAUAUGUAGGCCCCUCGUGAAAGCCUGUUGUUGUCAUUAUCCACAUCCUUAGAUGCAAAAACUAAUGCUCCUUUGUACCUACCUGAAAAUUCGAUGCAAGAGCCAGGAUUAGCAUUUAUCAUGAAGGGAAUCAUCCCUGCCAUUCUCAGGCCUGUGGGGAAAUGACUCCAAAGCUGAGCAUGAGCCCCUCUCCUUUCCUCAUGACUAGCAUUUGUUUCCACUUGUUGUAGUGAGGAUGUGUUUAAGUAGAGGGGUUGAGGGAGGAGUAUGAGGGAUGGUUGAAAUGAAUGGAUGAAUUAUUACAGGUGACCCCUUGGCUUGUGGAGAAGAAGCCCAAAUUCAGCAGACUGAAAGUCAGCAAACAUAUCUCACAGCUUUAAUAUAUCAUCAUAUGUAUCUUAACAUGGUGAAGUUAUUCAAUUUCCUGUUUCCGCAAUUGCCCAUUGGAAAAUGGAGACACAACAGAAACUUCCAAGAAUGCACUGGUGCUAAAAUAGGUUAAUUUUUCUCCUUUCCUUUCAAAACUACAAAGCUCUUCUGCUCCCCACAGAUGUAAUUGUUUAUUCCUGAUAGUAAAGUCAUUUGUUGCAGCCAUAAGUUGACAACUGACAGUUUUGGUGUUAUAUAUCAAAUGAUCCCCAGUGGCCAAAAGUAGCAGAUGAGUUUCCCUGAGAAUUUAGUAUCAGAAAAGUCACCAGAGGAGAGGAGGGAACAAUUGGCCCAAUGAUGAGUUAAUGCAAAGUAUUUUGAGAUAUUCACUGUAAAGUCGCUUCACUCUUGCUGGCUGAGCACGUCUUAGUCAACUAUGAUAACGGAAAGGCAAGGCGUCUUAGUCUUUCUUUGUUACCCAGGAGAGUGGUUUCCAUUUCUCCAAAGCCUACUUCUGUCCUAUCUCUAUAAAGCAGUUAGUGUGAGGGAGAUUUGACUGGUGAAAUGUUUGUGUCCUCUCCAACGUGGUAUCUACAUGUAAGUGAUUGGUACUGCUUGAAGGUUGCCAGGAUGAGUAUUGUACCAAAGCCCUUAUGGUUAUGUGACUCAGUUAUAAUGGUUCAGUCUCUUUGAUGCCAGAUGGCUUUUUGGAAGAUCAUUUUUCUGUUAUUUAACAGUUGUGAACAACAACAACAAAAAGCUUCCUGGUUGUGUUUGAUAGAACGUCUAGGGGAAAAACAAAGCCACUGUUGCCUCCUCUCUAUCCCCAAGGAGAAUGUGGGUCAGGGCUGGAGCCCGGCUCUGGGAAUCCCUGAGAAGGGAGCAUUAUUAAUGUCACCACCACAGUGUCUGCCGAGCUGCUCUGUGCUUCCCCAUUGCACAAGGACCAGGCCCAACCGGGGAAAGGAAAUGCAGGCCAUUCCCUCAGAGCCGAAGUUAAGGGAGAAAUAAUAAUACAGGCACAGGAGGACCAGCAGCAGCCAGAGAGGAGAAGUGACAGGGACCGAGGCAAAUCCAGUCUCUCCCUGGGUUUCAAGAAUUUGAGAAACACACCUCUUAAAGAUGAAAUCAGCUGUGCGAGAGUGUGAGGCCCAGGAAACCUGGGAGUCUGCUGUAUAAAUACAGCAAGUGGCUCACACUCAUCCACCCAAGUGAGCACUUUUGCAGGCCCAGCAUCUUUUAAUGGCGACAAAACAAGAAUAAAGAAUGAGUGCCCGUGCGCAGCGGAGAUGCCACCUUCCCCAAAGCUAUGGACAACGUGACGGUCCGGCAGGGGGAGAGCGCCACCCUCAGGUGCACUAUUGACAACCGGGUCACCCGGGUGGCCUGGCUAAACCGCAGCACCAUCCUCUAUGCUGGGAAUGACAAGUGGUGCCUGGAUCCUCGCGUGGUCCUCCUGAGCAACACCCAAACGCAGUACAGCAUCGAGAUCCAGAACGUGGAUGUGUAUGACGAGGGCCCUUACACCUGCUCGGUGCAGACAGACAACCACCCAAAGACCUCUAGGGUCCACCUCAUUGUGCAAGUAUCUCCCAAAAUUGUAGAGAUUUCUUCAGAUAUCUCCAUUAACGAAGGGAACAAUAUCAGCCUCACCUGCAUAGCAACUGGUAGACCAGAGCCUACGGUUACUUGGAGACACAUCUCCCCCAAAGCGGUUGGUUUUGUGAGUGAAGACGAAUACUUGGAAAUUCAGGGCAUCACCCGGGAGCAGUCAGGGGACUACGAGUGCAGUGCCUCCAAUGACGUGGCCGCGCCCGUGGUACGGAGAGUAAAGGUCACCGUGAACUAUCCACCAUACAUUUCAGAAGCUAAGGGUACGGGUGUCCCUGUGGGACAAAAGGGGACACUGCAGUGUGAAGCCUCAGCAGUCCCCUCAGCAGAAUUCCAGUGGUACAAGGAUGACAAAAGACUGAUUGAAGGAAAGAAAGGGGUGAAAGUGGAAAACAGACCUUUCCUCUCAAAACUCAUCUUCUUCAAUGUCUCUGAACAUGACUAUGGGAACUACACUUGUGUGGCCUCCAACAAGCUGGGCCACACCAAUGCCAGCAUCAUGCUAUUUGAACUAAAUGAGCCUACGAGCUCAACUUUGUUGCAAGGUCAGUAUCUUCCUUGCUUUAUGUUUUGUCUCCCCUUCCCUCUAUCCCAGAGCCCCCCUUCCCUUUCCCCUGCUGUGCAUUACCCGAAGCUCUUGUCUGUAAAGUGUCUUAGAGGAUGCGGAGGGCUAUUGAAGGAGGUGAUUGGGAGCCAGGGAGCCUUCAAGCUCCCUUUGCUUUGCUCAUCCCUUGCUCUCACUCCCCCAGGAGGGCUGGCAAGGGGAAAGAAAGAAAGAAAAGUAUUGUUAAAUUCUCAAUGCCCAGAGAUCAGCACAAAGGCAAAGGGUAGAGAGUGAGUCUGGGACCCAUAGGAAGACUACUUCAACUGACUGAGCAGUUUUCAUAACAAGGGUCCUAUUGAUGACCUCUCAGCAGCAGAAUCAGGCACCAAGCACACGAUAAUUCAGAUAUUCUGUCAAACGCAUCAAAUGGCUCAUGAGGUUCUCCAAAGGAGGAAGAUAGGCAUGGCACUGCAUGAGUGGUUGCCAAUACACAAUGAUUUCUAGGGGUGCCACUGGGGUCUAGUUUAGGGCCUGACAUUUAGUAGUUCUUUGGGCUUGGAUAACUCACUGAGCCUCAUUUAGACUCAAUUUCCUCUUCUUUACGAUACAGUUGAUCUACCUUAAACACCUUACAGAGUUGUUCCAACAGUCAGUGAAGAACGCAUAUUACAAAGGUUUUGAAAACUGUGAGGUGCAUGUUGAAUCUCCAGGCAUAAACUGAAAGACAAGGACGCUCCUCAGUGGAACGUCAUAGGGGGUCCUUCACUCAUUUCUCAGCCCCUUCUCCACAGUCCCUUUAUAUCCUCUUCCACUUCCAGUCCUCCCCUGCAAAUAGCUCUGGAAUCUCUUGCCUGUCUUUGCACGUCCCUUCCAAUUUUCUCACUAACCUAGAGUGAGUGACUCGUUAAGACUAUGACCAAGAAUCCAAGCAAGCAGUGUAAUAAAAUGUGUGAUGCGAGCACUGCCCUCACCCUAAGGACAGUGCUGAGCACAGCAGUAGCCUUUCAGGAAGGCAGCUGUGAAGCCAGGGAGGGGAAUGCUUCUCUCACCUUGCAUCCCAAUCCCCUGACCUCUUCUCCCCACCUCACCCCACACCACCCUGUUCAUCCCCUCACAUUCUGGCCUUACAAACUGUCAUCAGAGGCUGGCUGUAGCCUUUGGAGGUGGAGGGGGAGAUGAAAAGAAAUGCAUUACAUGGGAAGCUGCUUAACAGAUGAAAAAAAGUACCUUUAUCAUAGAAAGAGUGAGGGCUGCAUUACUCACCUUAGUGAUGUACAGCACUACAGCGAUGAGCCACGAGCAAGAAAAUGAAACAAAGAAAUAGAAAGGAAAAGUGAAGCCAAUAGACUUAUUCAGAUUCAACCUAUGAUUCAACUUGUGUUUACUGAACCUCCAUGUGAGCGUAUUCACAGACGUAAAAUAGAGAGCAGAGCAGUAGAAAAGUGGCUAACAGCUGAGGAGCCAAGGUGGCCGAAUAGGAACAGCUCCGGUCUACAGCUCCCAGUGUGAGUGACGCAGAAGACGGGUGAUUUCUG